GUGAUCGGCGAUGAGGCCGCACGUUGGGUGGAAAUGGCAUCUACACACGAGGCCCCGGAGACUGAGAAAGGGCUGUCAGCCCUUGCACAGGUCUCCCACGACCUCGUGACCACCUGCGCUCUGCAGCAGGAGGAAAUCYUCCACCUGCAGCAGACAGUGGACCAGAUGCUCGCACGGCUGCAGGCGUUGGAAAAACAGCCAGCAGUCGUAGCAGCCGCAGGGCCUGCAAACCUUGCGACCCGUGUUCAAGUCUUGGAGGACGACGUCGGCAAUAUCAAGCGUGUGCAUCAGGACUUCGGGACGUCGCAGCAAGCAACGAACUUGCAGUUGGAGACGCAGGUCCAGGCAGCUGCCACCAUAACGCCCGUCGCCGCAUCCUCCAGGCGCCCACCCAAGCUAGAUGACAUUCCAGUCUUAUGCGAUGAGUCCAAGACGGAACCGAUCCCGUGGUGGCGCCAGUUUACUCUCCGGCCCGACAUGCACCAUGUCCCGAACAACGAUCGACAUCCGUGCUUGUACCACCGAUCUGGUGGUGCGUGUCAAGCAUGGCUGGACAACAUCUUGACCAGCCACGGCGUAGCAGUGUCGGAACUACACACCAAGCUCACUUGGCAGGAGUUGAUUGACGCCUGGCACAAGCGAUUCCAAGUUGAGCCGCCCGACCUGCAAGCGAUGGACAAGCUCAACAAGCUCCAUCAAAACACGCUGCUCAGUCAGGACUGGAUCACCGAGUUUCAAAGACUCGCCUCCACACCUAACCUGCCGCUCGCAUUCCGCGCCAUCAARCACUUGUUUAUCAUGCGCUCGUGUCCGRCKCUGCAAAACGCGCUUACGCGGAUUGCAGAGACACUCGACACAUCCGACAAGCUUUUUAGCACAGCGUCACGGAUCAUUCUGACAAAUAUCGAAGCCCGCAACGCAGGCCGAUCUUCCGCGACGACGAGCGGCACCCAGCUCAAGCCAAAGGUGRCUUGCAUUAUUUCUUCYGAGGCUGCAACACCAAAYRAGGGUGAAGYGUUGGCAGCUGCCCGGGAUGGUGGCCGGCCGCKCAACAACCACGGCCGCGACAAGACGAAGACUCAAUCCACCUCACCACCGAGCACCGGAUCAGCCGCCGACGAACCUUGGGUACAAUACGGACUCUCGUCGAACUCUUAUCGCACGCGCCUCAAGUACCGGUAUUGCCUUUGGUGCAACAGCACCAUCCACGAUGCUGCACUUUGCCCCACCAAGGGGAAACCCCACGAAGUCGCGGUGGGGGACAUGCUUGGCUAUGCUGCCAAGGUGGCCCGCGAGUUUGUCUCGCAACGGUACGCAGAAAACAAUGCACCGUUGCUCUACGUUCGCAUUCAGAUUGGGCAAGCGGCCUGCAACGCUUUGCUAGAUUGCGGCGCAACUCGCAACUUCAUCAGCCAGUCCUUCAUGACUCGAGCUGGCCUUGGCACACAAGUAUGGAGGAAGUCACAUCCGACGACGGUCGCUCUUGCCGACGGUAAGACGAAACAGCUUUUAGACCGUUACAUCUCGGCUGUCCCGGUGUACUUUGCACCGCACGCAUAUGAACCCGUCACUUUUGACGUGUUGGACACCGACUUCGAUGUCAUUUUGGGGAUGCCUUGGCUUUCUAGCGUGGACCACACGGUCAAUUUCCAUCGACGCACGCUCACGAUUCGUGAUGCAACUGGCGCCGAGGUCCCGUGUACUAUUCCUCCUCCU